AUGUCUGAUUGGGAAUCCCAUUUUGACGAGUUAUACAAUGUUCAAGUCUCCAGCUCCAUAGAGAUCAACGACUAUGUGAACCUUAGUCAGCACAAUUACGCCGAUGACGAUCCCCCAAACUGUGAUUUUAUCAACCGAGCUAUUAGUACGGCCGAGAUUGUGAGGGUCUUGUCGAUAACAGCAGGCAGAAAAGCUACAGGGCCUGACGGUAUUUCAAAUGAGCUGCUUAAAUCUUCUUUUGGAGUCAGCUAUUUAUUUUUGACAACCCUAUUUCAGACGUGUUUCAGAUAUUCAACUUUGCCAGACGUGUGGAAGACGUCGUACAUUGUGCCUCUUUACAAGGGAAAAGGUCCAAAAGACUCCCCUUCAAACUACAGAGGCAUCAGUUUAUUAUCAUGCUGCUAUAAAAUCUACUCCGGAAUUAUUCAUGACAGAAUCUAUCAAUGGGCUGAAGGAAAUUCCAUACUCCCGCGAAACCAAUAUGGUUUCCGAAAAGGGCUAUCCACGAUUCACGCAAUAAACGAGCUCAAAUGCAAUGUUCAAAGUGGUAUAGACACAUAUGCACAAUACUAUGUCUGUUUUGUGGAUUUCAUGAAAGCGUUUGAUACGGUUGACCGCAAUACCCUGAUUCAAAAGCUCAUCCGACUUGGCCUGCAUGGUGAAAUUAUCCACGCGCUAGAUGAUCUAAUCAUAGCCAGUCCUUUCCUUCUAGAUGUUAAAAGAUCGCUGAAUGACCUCCACGAGUACUGCAGAAUUAACAAGCUCACUGUCAAUGUCCAGAAAACCAAUAUGAUGAAAUUCAGAAAAGGUGGACCUCUGAAAAAGUCAGACAAAGUUUUCUACGGAUACGAAGAAAUCGGGUUUACAAACUCAUUUUGCUAUCUUGGCUACAACUUAUCACCGUCCCUUACCAUCACAACCCACCUAAAACACUUGGUCAGAUCAGCUAUAAGACAUUUAGACACAUGUCAUGGCUUCACAGAAUGCUCUAACACUGUGGAGAAGUUAUUGAAGGCGACACGACAAGCGUAA